GAAAUAACCUUCUCUCUGAAACAGUACAAAGAGACCGUGGGGAAGCAUUAUCAACGCAUCACACUGUACAUUUGUACAGCUGAAGAUUUCCUUCCCUGUUCUCAGGAGACCACCUCAGAAUCCGAUUCAGCUGAUACAGUAGUACCUGCCUUGACCAGUGAUGAUGGAAAGUCAUGCAUUGAUUCAGCAGCUCCGGUCUUACUUGCCAACUCAAAAGCGGGUCCAAGAACAUCAGGAGGUGCCAAGAAAACUACGUACUAUAGAAUACCAUCCGGAUCCAGACCGUUUCAGGCCAAUCGGAGGCGUUUAUGGGUGAAAAUAAUCAAAAGGGUGAACGGCGGCGCGGAGGAGCUCCAUGGAAACGCUCGUGUCUGUGGCGCUCAUUUCAUAUCAGGAGAAGCGUCCAUGGAUCACGACAGUCCUGACUUUGUGCCUUCUGUGUUUGCAUGCACCACCCCCAAAAAACAGAGCCCGAGCCCGAAGAAAAGAGUAAGAGGGAGAGAAAUGUUUUACGGCCUUAAAAAAAGGCUCCGUCGAUGUCAAACAGCCGACGUGGAAACAGAAGAAACUCCGUCUGAAGGUGGUACUUCUGAGGACCUCGACUCCUCAAUGGGAAGUACAGAAGAAGUAGAGACACCAUCAACCCCACCAGUUUCAAAGGAGAGAGAAACAUCGACUACAGAAGCGAAGACUCUACAGUUAACACCCAGCCCAAAAAAGACAUCACCUUCAUUUAAACUACCGGCAGGCCUCCCAAAACUCUGCAAUAUGAACCCUUUUGUGCUCCUAAAACCUCUAAUUAUGCCACUGAGUGAGUAUCAGUGUGAGCAGUGCAAUGACAAGUUCACCAGUGUUUCACAGUUAACAGAACACAAACAGCAGCAUGAAGAAGAAAAAUCCGUUCCCUGUGAAAUUUGUGGGACGAGCUUCUCGAGUCAGGCUCUUUUCACGGAGCACCAGUGCGUCCACGCAGAAAAACCGUCCUUUGCCUGCAACAUGUGCCAUCGAACUUUCUAUUCCAAUCACAACCUCAAGCGUCACAAACUGCUGCACGUCAGAGAUGGCAGAAAGUGCAGCAAGUGCGGCGUGCUGUUCUGUCGACGUCACAACCACAUACUUUUCGUGCCGCAGGCUGAGCCUACGACGGAGUCUGAGCAAGAUUGUUCCAUCGUUGAGACCGAAAAUCUGAUGCCAGAAAACGACGUGCUGGAGAAGGUUGAGCCGAGUCAGACGGAUGACGUGGCUGAUGAUGCUCAGAGCUCCCAGACGGUUGCGACUACAACUACAACCACAACCUCUGAGCCUUUACCCAAGAACUAUAAAACCUCCCCACCAGUCUUACCCACAAAUAUUUUAACAGAAGUCCCUUUCCCAAUGUUGAUAAAACCGUUCCGCUCCUCUUUGCCACUGCUGCAACGAUCUACCUCAUUUCAGUUUAAGCCGCCGGUGCCACCCGACUAUCCCGCAGUGUUCAUUCAGCCGCAUCUCCCCCAACAUCCAGAGCUCCCAUACUCGCUGAGGGUCUUUUCACCGCAGUGCCUCACCUCAGCGUUACUCGAAGUUAAAAGAAACUACAAAUACAUCUGCAAUAAAGAAGUGAAGGCGAAGGAGAAGGAGAUGGUUCAUGUGAAGGUGGAGCAGAGUGAGACACCGCUGAUUUCUCCAGUUAAGCAGCGCAGCAGAGAGAAAGUCAAGAAGGAGAGAACGGCGUAUGACCUGGAGAUUGUGCUCUGAUAGGAAACAAUGAGGGAAGAUUUUUCACUCUUAAAAAACAGAGGCUGUACUUUGUUUUAAGGGAAUUUGACCUCACUGAUGUUUCGCCUUUAACUACUACUUGUAUCAAGACUUGUGCUUUGCCUCAUUAAGCUAUUUAAGCCCCUUAUGUCAAACUCAUUGGUGCGUUUGGACGAUACUGGAUCAACAUGAGUUCAUCAGAUUUAUUUGGGAGGACUUCAAACUGGUAUUAUAUGCUGGGCUUUUACAUCCAGCAUGAAGUGGUUCUGUUUUUUGUUUUUUUUUAGUGUCCCUAUAUGAACUUUACUGUAAAUGUUCUUCUAUACUUCUUUUCUGUGUGUUCCUAACCUGGUUCUACACACUGUUAUAUUUUAAACAUCACCGCAUUAAUUAAUUUGAGCAACUGAACUCUAAUGCUGCUAUUUUUUCUUUACUUAUAGACAGUUCUGUUGUUUAGAUGCUGCCACGUCUUUACUCACUUGGUGGGGAUGAAAUGUGUUUGUCCACUGUGCUUUGAUAAAUAUUGAUAACACUGUUCUGCAUGUUCACGAUCUGUCUCUGGCCCCAGAUCUCAAAAAUCUGCGCACCCAGUGGCAUUUCAACUGCAGGCUAUAUUCUGUACUUGGCAAUUUGUGGAGUAAUCAGUUUUGGCUCUGGUCCGUGGUGCUGUGAAUUGCAAGAAUAUGAAUAUCAUUAUCUGGCAUUAUAUCUGAGAACAAUUGUCACUGAAUUUAGUUCCCUCCCCCUCGACUACCUCAUCUACCCAGAGCUAUACGAACAAUGUUUGUUGUUUUUAUAUUCUAGAAAUAUAUCUAAAUAUAUUAUAUAUUCUUGAUCUUCCACUUUAUAAGCAGAAAUAGCUGUUCCAGUAUUUGGGAUACACACUUUUUUCCCGCACCUAACCUGAACAGUAACUGAGCAAGACACUAGUUUCCCAAAAGCUGCAGGUCACACACAGACCCCCCCUGAGAAGUCAAACAUGUUAAAGGUGCUUUAUAUCACCGUUACUGUACGCAUCUUUGAAAUCAUAUGUAAAAAAACGGUUAACGUAAUCUUGUAUAUGUGUAAUUUUUAAAACAAAAACUACUUUGUAUCAUUCAGUCAGUCAAUUGAAUGACAGUUUUAACGUCAAGUGUCUCCAAAAUGUUUUCUUUGCCUCAUGCCAUGUUCACUGUGAUAACGUCUGGGCAUUGCAACCCUGUCAUCAAAAACACCCGUAACUUGAAAUUGAAAUUGCAAAAUGAUAGUUUGGUGGCUGUGCUUCAUUUGCUAAAUAGAUUCACUCGAAUAGGCGCACUGGAGGUGGAGACAAUCUGAAAUGGACGUAUUAUCAUUGCAAAUUGCGACCACAUCAGGCUGAUUCUCACUUGGACGCAGAAAGAACAGAUGAGAGAAAUGAAUUU